AUGAGAUCUUCUGAGGAGAGAGAGCAGCAACAACAACAGCAACAGCAACAACCACACACAACACCCACCACCACUCCAAUCUCAGCCACUAAAAAGAAAGAUCGGAAGCCAAUCAUCAAUUGGCUGAGUUGCAAAACAGACGCGAGGAGGCAAGGUACUGGCGGGAGGUGUAAGAUUUGCAAGGAAAUGUUUAUUGAGGUUAAAAGGGUGUUUUAG